AUGGAAGAACGUGUUAUCAUAAACGUUAGUGGAAUGACUUUUGAAACGAAGGAGACAACGCUUAGCCGUUUUCCUGAUACCCUACUCGGAAAUCCUUCGAGAAGGCAGCGUUAUUUCAACCCAGUCGUACAGGAAUACUUCUUUAACAGGCAUCGAGUGGUAUUUGAAUCAAUUCUUUUUUACUACCAAUCCGGUGGAAGACUUAUUUGGCCAGUAGAUGUCCCAGCAAGCGUUUUUACUGAAGAGGUGGAAUUUUUCCAGCUGGGAGAACAAGCUUUGAAAAGUGUGGCGAAAUGUUUUUAUACAGAAAGACAGCGCGUUUCGCCCCAGUUUUCCUUUCAAAGGCGAGUGUGGAACUUAUUCGAACACCCUGAUACGUCGCAUUUUGCGAGAGUAAUUGCAAUGCUUUCUAUCCUUAUGAUCGCUAUCUCGGUAGCAGUGUCCAUCAUCGAGACAAUGCCUUACUUUAGAAACUUAGGAGAAAAAGAAUGCAGUUCCAGCGCGCGUUUGAGAUGUAACAGCAGCGCACUAACUAAUAAAGACCAUAUAAACGUAACGAUGGUGCACGAUUGUAACUCAACAACCGCGGAGGAUGGAAAUUGCACCCAUAGCACUUUAGAAGUGUUUAUAGUCUUAGAAAUUAUUUGUUAUUCGUGGUUUUUAUUCGAGUACCUCGUGCGUUUCGCAACGGCGCCGAAUCGCUUGCAAUUUCUUCUGUCGGCGAUGAAUUUUGUAGAUCUCUUAGCGAUCAUUCCGUUUUUUACAAUUCUGAUCAACGGGAACCGUCGUUUGGUGUCGUUGGCCGUUCUUCGUACCACAAGACUGCUGCGAAUAUUUCGCAUUCUGAAGCUCACUCGCUAUUCCCGCGGGCUCAAAGUUAUGAUGUUUACUUUACGAGCCAGCCUUAGUGAACUCGAAAUGAUGUUGUUGUUUAUGUUUAUGAUAAUUAUUUUAUCCUCAAGCGCGGUAUUUUACUCGGAUCUAGGAGCAGAAGGAAGUUUCUUUACUAGUAUUCCCGACGCAUUUUGGUGGAGCGUUACGACUGUUACCACGGUUGGUUAUGGAGACUACUACCCUAUAUCUGGUUUCGGAAAAGUUGUCGGUGGCAUCUGUGCAGUUUUUGGUGUGCUCGCCUUUUCUCUUCCUGUUAUGGCCUUUGCAAAAAACUUCAACGCCUAUCUCAAAGGAGAGCCGAUUCGAAGACAUAUUGAAAACAAAUGCAGAAGUAGAAGACACUGAGAACAGCAUUGCUACUUCGCAAAAUAGCUAAAACACGCAAAUCCUCUGGUUCGAAAAAAUAACACAUCUUUCAUAACUCAGUUGUUUUAAAGAUAAACCAGACUACACUGAGACAACUGUUAAAAUUACUUUCUCGCUCAAGACCAAUAUCGGACAUGAAAGUUUGCUUUCAAAGUUGCCCGUGGCCUUGACGAAAAGAACUCAAUCUAGCAUAAUAAUAAGAUUAUAGCGACUCGGCGAAGACACUAGGAGCUUUUUAAUGUACGUAAACAUAGUUAGUUUACUUCUUCUUGGAGUUUAAAAUAUUGACUGAGCAAAGUCUCCCUACAGAGGAGACAAACAAUCUAACUUUGUCAAGUUUUUUAUUUCAUGAGAGAUGACACUAAAUAGCCAGAGCUAAUAAACUUGUGACCCUCUUUCGGAAAAGUUUCGAAGAAGACUCUGUUAUUCACUGCGACCGUUUUUGUCUCUUCAAGGCAAAAACAAAAUAACAGAUUGAUUUAUUAGACUGGCAGCUGAUUUCGAUCAAAAAGAGAACAAUUUUUCUAUUGUGAGCAAAAUUAGCACUCUAGAACAGCGUGUAUAAUAAAACGUUGAAUAUCGCGAUCACAUCACGGUAUUCCCGUUUAAUGGCCGGGAAGUUUAGGAUGCUAAUAAACUGAACUAAUUUGCAUUCAUAUGAGGCGUACAAUUUAAUAUUAACCACAACAUGUUAUCCAAUGGACGUGAACGUGAAAAACUGAAAUUUCGGAUGCUAAUCGGAAUUCAAAGCCUAAAUUCAAUUCACUUCUAAAACUGAAGGAACCUUAUCAAGUGGUGUCGGGUGGCAAUAACGAAAAAAGAGAUAGUCAACGUUAAAGGUCUUUAAAUUAUAAAGUCGUCGUGAAAGCAUGAAUAUUAAGUUGAUCGGCUUCACGAAAUGCCGAUAUGAUAUGCGCUCAAAUCCUCUCAGGGCUUAGUAUUAAAUUCUUUUACCCCUUAAAGAAUGUUUAAUGGCUAUUUUAGCAACUAUUUCAAGGCUUAUUUUCCCUCUGAAUCAAGCUGCUCCCUUCUUAUAUUAAUUACAAUUAAGGACAUAUAAAAAAUUUAUCCAGGAAGAAAUUUAUUUUUGCUCCAGAAGUUCAUAAUGCUCAUCAUUAUAUCGGCCACACAGUUUAUGCUAUCGCACAGUUGGCCAUGUGUUGUCGACUUUUAACGUAAUAAUUUAUGGAGCUAAUUUUGACAACGCGGUAUUGAUAAAGGUGAUCAAAGAUAUCGAUGAUUUCUUCGAUUGAUGAAUUCUGGAUAUUCCUUACGUACAGAACGUAUUUAUUAUUUGGCACUAAGAGGGAAUAAUUCUCUCUUGUUGGAAAUCAUCAGCCUUUUCUAUUUGCCUCCUUUUAAAUUUACCACCCUAACUUGGUACUUGUCGGUGGGUCUUUAAUUUCGCAGUUUUAGCGAUUGUUACAAAAAUCGCUUCGCGAUCUGAUUUGAACAAGCGAAAUUUAAUACGCAUACAGAAAAUUCAAAUCACAGAAAGAAGAUGAUUAACAUUAAGUGGCUGCACUUUUCAAAACUGGAGAUAGGAGAGAUGCGUCAAAUUAUCGCCCAAUUUCUAUUCUGCCAACAAUGAGUUAAAUUCUGGAAAAAGUCGUCCAUUCCCAAUUCUAUGACUUUCUGAAUUCAAAUAAUCUCCUUUCAAGCAAACAAUUUGGCUUCCGUCCCAAACUGUCUACAACAUCGGCUCUCACCAGUUUUGCAGAUGAGGUCCUAUUGCAUAUGGAGAGUGGAGAACUGUGCGGUGCAGUGUUCCUAGAUCUGACCAAGGCAUUCGAUACCGUUGACCAUACGAUCUUGCUAUCUAAAUUGUCGGCUAUCAAUGUCUCGCCCAGCACUCUACAGUGGUUCAAGUCUUACCUGAAUCAUCGUAAACAGCGGACUGCCUGUAGCGAUGCUGUGUCUGACCCUCUCCCGAUGACCUUUGGGGUACCACAGGGGAGCAUUCUAGGACCGCUUCUCUUCUUGGUUUAUAUUAAUGACCUUCCGCUGGUUAUAAAGAAUUGCGAAGUGACUUUGUAUGCUGAUGACACGGUCCUGUACUACUUUGCUAAAGAGCCACACCUGUUAGAAGAGGCACUAAAUGAUGAUCUCUUGAAAGUUGCCCAGUGGUUACAUGGAAAUAAGUUAACUUUAAAUCUUACUAAGACGAAAUCCAUGAUUAUAGGCAGUAAUAGGAAACUUGUUGGUAUUUCCUCUUUCACGUUAUCUAUUUUUGACACUGAUAUAAAUUCUGUAAGUAGUUUUAAAUAUUUGGGAGUUAUGUUGUCUUCAACUUUCACAUGGUCCGACCAUAUUGAGUAUAUUUCAUGUAAGGUUAAUAAAAACCUUGGUCUUCUACGUAGGAUUAAGUAUUAUUUACCUUAUGAUGCCCGGUUACUUUUUUAUAAUAGCUUAGUGCUACCUAUUUUUGAUUAUGCUGAUUUAGUCUGGGGUGACAAGGACAAUGUCUCACUUAUGAAGGAAUUGCAAAUUCUCCAAAACAAAGCAGCUAAGUUGAUAUUAGAUAGAUCACCUCACUCCUCAUCCACCGAUGCAUUGAUUGUCUUGAGAUGGCUGAAUCUUGAAGAACGUAGGAAAUGUCAUCGAUGUAUAUAUGCAUACAAGUGUAUUAAUGGCCAACUUAAUCAUUCUUUGGACAUUGUAAGAAAGAGUGAUAUACAUUCCUACAAUACGCGCAAUAACGAUACUAUCAAGCUCCCCAAAAUUAAAUAUAAUUGGGGAAAACAACGUUCGCGGUACCACUGUUUCAAAGACUUUAAUGAAUUAGAGAGAACUGUAAGAAACUCAGCAAGUUUUCCAAUUUUUAAGAAGUGUCUUUUUUCUGCUUUUUAUAAUUGAGUACUUGUAGUGUGUAUGUUUUGAUUAUUUCUGUAACUGGAUUUUAGCUUGAAUUUUUUUUUUUUUUUUUUUUUUUUUUUAUUUUUUUUUCAUAUAUAUCGAUUUUAGCUUAACCUUUUUAUAUUUUAAUUGUAUUAUAUAAUAUACAUCUCGUAAUUAGGACCUCUAUGUAAACCACUCUUGUGAUGGAGCAUCCUAUUAAAAGAUUGUUAUUAUUAUGUGCAAAAACAACAACAUAUGCUGCAUAUAUCGACAAAUACGCAAAUUAUUGACUGGUUUCAAUGGUUAGGGUCAUUCAAUGGAAAGUUUAGUUCUCGAUGGUGAAAAAGGUUAAUUGCAAAUUAAAGAUUUGGGUGAUUUCACAUGUGAAGUAGAGAGUCUACCUAGAUCUUCAUUCGCGUUUUCCAGUUUGUCCAGAAAUUUUAAGCGUUCAGACUUUUUUUAAAAAAAUAAAACCAAGUGAGAACGCAUGAAUCUCGAAAGUUAUUGGUCUUUUUUCAUUGAUGUAUUGAAAACGCGAAAAUAAAUCCCGCAAAAUAUUGUCUCUCCAAAAUCGCGAAAUUAGCAGCAGGCGGUUUGCUGGGAUUUUGGUUGGGGCCGGGCAAAAGCUGAACCGAGAUCAAACGCUAAAACGAGGGCAAGGUUUGGAGAGGUAAAUAAACUGUAAUAACAAAACAUCAAAGAACAAAGCGACUUGAGUAUUACGGUCAAGCCUUUCUGCCUCCUUCCCAUCGUCCCUUUCGUUGAGCUCUCGAAAUAGUCUCCCACAACCGUUCAGUUUAAAAUGAUAAGAGAAGACUCGGGACGUGUCAGCCCCUUUUCCUUUAACCUCGGUCAAGUUUUUUGCGCGCCGGGCUAUGUUUGCGCGAAUAGCGAAAAAGACCUUUAACCUUCUACCUUGAAAGCUAAAUCUGGGUAAUGCUUCUGCAAUGGAUGGUGAAAAUUUUCAACCAGUAUUACCCAGAUCUGGGUAGUGACGCGUCAUCAGUCUGGAAUUUCUGCGCUUGUCUUCUCAGACGUCGUUUCUCGGGGAAACAAGUGGUGGCGUCGCGAAAUGUCGGCUAAUUCUCAGGCUUAAAAAAGGCCUUUUCUGAGUUGCCUCAAGCCUGUCUGUUACAAAGCGAGGCUGCCAUUGCAUAUGAUUUACAUCUAGCCGCGACUUGAAAAUGAGGGUUUCUGGUACUCGGGAAAGGCCUAUAUUACAAAAACUAACCCCGGCGUCGGUCUAAGUAACCGACCCUUUGUUCUGGCUCAAAGCUCUUUAACUAAACUUGUCUAUACUGUUGACAUUGUGCAAAUGCAAGCACUAAUGGCUAUGUAGAAACUCUAAUAACAAAAACACCUGCCUCAGGUAAACGUAAACAAACGAGCUAACUUGAAUAGCUCAAACGAGUGCAAAAAAGAAAUUUACUACUCAACGUGGAAAGCUUUCUGUGUAAACUUGUACCCUAAACUGUGGUUCGUCACAUAUUCUCACUUACUGUGGAACGUUGUUAGAGUGUGUCCAAAAUAGAAUGCAAACCAACUGGUUUGUAGUCCAAGUCUAAAAAGACUUUUGAUUUUAUCGUGCAGAGCUAAAAGUCAUACUUUCAGUUUAAGUGGCAGCACAAAACAGGGAGGGAAUUACGAUUCUUAGCUCCUGCAAGUCUACUUAGCUUUGAGACCGGAUUCUUCUCUGAGACUAUAAAAGAUUGCCUUUUUAUGCUAAAACAUGCUGAGAAAAUUAACGUCCCUUCACAAGUGACUGUCAGUGAAAACAAGUUGAUUGGUUUUGUUUUGGAAAAGCAUUUUCACACCCCGUAGCUAACAUUAAAAGGUUUUAGAUACUUCCUGUUGUGUAUGAUAAUUUCAAAUGGCUCUUAAAUUAAAUGCCAUACUUGUGUGCCCUAUUCUAAAAACUCUUAACCACUUUGAUGGGCUUAAUCGGUAUCUUUUUCGCCCCUUAAAUUGUCUGAAACGCGAUCGCACGCGUCAAAUUGAUUUAAUAAUUUAUAGCAAGUUAAGGCAACUUAUUAUUUCCCUUUGAAAUGAGAAUUUUUUACUGGAGAGAAAUGUGAAAUACAUACUCAAUUAAGAGUGUUUGUGACAGAGGAAAGAGCAUGAAUUAUAAUUAACAACAAAAAUGAUGCAAAGAUAAAAGCGCUUAGGAUAUUCAUAAAUAGACCGCAAGCUACGACGACUCGGAACUUCCCAAAGUUGGCUUCCGCGUAGAUAUAAAUGCGCGAUACAGGUUAUCAAGCCGGAAUGAAGAAAUUGAGUCCUGAAACGAUAGUGACCGCAAUUUAAAGUUAACGGCUCUAAAGGGUCCGUCAUGGUAAAUAGCUGGAAUAAGUAAGUAAAGUAUGACUUCAAAGGACUUUUCUUCGACAAUUCAACGAAAACAUUAUAACAAUCGCGUGAAGAUAAACGUGAGUGGUACGGUGUUUGAAACGAUGGAAGAAACACUGUCAAGAUUUCCUGACACUCUUUUGGGCUGUCCUAGAAGGCGCUUAAAAUAUUUCGACGAACGACACGACGAGUACUUUUUCAAUCGCAACAGACUGGCUUUUGACGCAAUUCUCUUCUACUAUCAAUCGUAUGGGAGGUUGGUCAGACCCGAUGUAGUGCCAGAAAAUGACUUUUUCGACGAAGUGCGCUUUUUUCAAAUACAAAGCGACGAAGUUUCAGCUCGUGCAAGGAUCGAACGCGCACUUAUGGGAAAGGACGAAGACUUACCGCAGAAUUUCAUACAACGCAAACUUUGGUUGCUUUUUUCUAAACCGGAAUCAUCGUACGCCGCAAAAGUGCUCGCUGUUAUAUCUGUAAUUAUCAUACUUCUAUCAUUCGUUAUUCCUUGGUUCGAAUCGUCGGAAAGUGACAGCAGCGUCGCAGACAACUCAAUGGUCUUGCAAAGGAUGGAGAUGGCUUGUUAUAUUUGGUUCACCUUUGAGCUAUUGAUUCGAUUUGUCAGUGCACCAAAAAAACUGCGAUUUUUUCUCUCGAUGCUCAAUAUUGUCGACAUCGUUAGCAUAUUUCCGUAUUACGUUCUUUUAACAAUGCAAGUUGCUCGAGCUCCAUUAUCUGUUUUGCGAGCCGCCAGGAUGCUUCGUAUUUUAAGAAUAUUUAAACUCUCUCGAUACUCAAGUGGCAUGCGAAUUUUACUGUAUACAUUUGCCACGAGUAUGAAAGAACUGGGCAUGUUUCUUAUCUUCAUUUCUAUUAGUAUGGUGGUUUCGGCCAGUGCGGCGUAUUACGCGGAAGUGGGCGACGGAAACGUUGCAUUUACUAGCAUUCCCGAUGCGCUGUGGUGGUCUGUUAAUACCAUAACUACGGUUGGUUAUGGUGAUCAGUAUCCCUUAACAGCCACCGGCAAAAUGGUUGGCUGUUUGUCAACUGUGUUUGGAUGUCUAGUGAUCGCUCUGCCAGUCUUCCUUUUUGUCGCCAAUUUCAGAAAAGUUGUUAGUGUGAACAGGGCUUCUGAUGGAAAAAGGAUGUGA